AUGAACAUCUCGCAUUUGGUGGCUUGUGGACUUAUGAUCACCCUGCUUUCAGUGAGGACAGGGGCGAAGCCUCUAACACCCGCGCAACAGAAGGUGAGGUCACUUCAUUGAUGUGCGCGCUGCAAUUUGUGAGCGGAAUGCGUUCUUUGUUAUUGCGAUUCUUUGGAGAACAAUUUUGCAUUAUGCGCAAGUAUAACUCUAAUAUUGUCCACACUAUGGUGCCCCAAAGAACAUAAACAACGGAUACAAGUGUAUAGGCUACUGGCAAUGUAUCUCUUGGCAUGCAGGUUAUAAUUGCUUUACUUUAUCAUAAACUAAACUACUGUUCCUUUUUUAACGCGGGCGCUUUAAUAUUCAUAAUAUUGUUAAAUGUAUUAGUAUUAAGUCUAAAGACUAUUGUAUUUAAAUUACACUGGUCAUAUUGAUGAUAUGGGUUUUGUAUGCUUCUCAACGUACGCAUAGGCUAUUACUGGAAGGAAAGGCUUGUUUAUCAGGGAGAUAUAUGGAUAGAUAGGCUACUGUGUUUUACAGCAAAUCUACAGCCUACUUUCUUCCUUGCAUCAUUUUGAUAUUCAUGCUGGUACCCAAUCGCGCCUUGAGAAGCGAUCGACUGAACAUCGGAUCCUUCCUAAAUAUAACAUAAAUAUCGACGUAUAAGGCGACCAAUCAUACAUUUCAUUAUACCGCGUAUUUUAAACCAGAAAACGUAUUUUCCCAACCGUUUGGUCAUGAAAGCGCGAUGGUGAAAAAGCGCAUCUGCCUUCAAGAGACUUGUAGAACAGAUAUUUCGGAACUGGACAUUCUAUGCACGAAUAGUCCUAACACUAUAUAGCAGUGAGUAAUUAAUAUAUUACUGCACGCGCACCUGUCUUUCCCGCUGCAUACAAGAAACCCCAGAAGGAGACUAAUUUCUGGCCAGUGUUCGUCGCCUUAUUCAACCAAUGUGCAAUAGGAUACACACCGUUUCCCAUGCGUUAAAGCGCAACUGUAGCCUAUGAUCAAACCCAAAUUCAGGAUUUAGUUUUGAAAGAUGAGCCAAUUAAUUGCAGCAUUAAUGUGAUUUCUAUUCAGUAGCUAGUAGCUACACAUUUAACAGUGAAGGCUGCUGAGGGGAGGACGGCUCAUAAUAAUGGCUGGAACGGAGCAAAUGGAAUGGCAAGUGUAGACAGCACUAACAUUAUACUAGAUUAAGCAUAAUUUCAGAAUGGUUUGCUAUGGAAUUAACAUAAUUAUUUUUAUAGGACCAGUUGAAAACAAAAGUGUUAAAAACUGCAGGAUUUACUGCUUGCCGACGUAGACAAUUGAUGUCCCGAAUGCGCAGAUUUGUUGCCGUUUAUCAGAAAAAUUCCCAGAUGGGCUAUCUGCUGACAGAUGCUUACCCAAAUCGAUUCAAUUAAGAGUUUAGUAUCUAAAGCCGGUGUCUUGUUUCUGUGUCCCAGUCUCUUAGAAGUUUGUUGGGGGAGGAGCUGUCACAGUUCCUGGCGUCUGACGAGAGAGAGCGGAGGAUGGAGAACUUGCGCUCCCGGGUACGCUUGCUACGAGACCUGCGCAUGGAAACUCGCGCCAAAGGCAUGUGGGCGAGCCAGCCCAGCGCACGGAGACACAAACCUAACACCAAGAAAGGGGCCGCGGCCCGGAGUGGCUGCUUCGGACACAAAAUGGACAGGAUAGGCACCAUUAGCGGCAUGGGCUGUUAG